GCUGAAUAUUACUGCUCUGGGGCCUCCUUCCAGCCUUAAUUUUCAGCUCAUAACCUUCAGCUUCCUGGGUCAUGGCUUUGCUAUUCUCCUUGAUCCUUGCCAUUUGCACCGGAUCUGGCCUCACAGAACCUUCACUCGGAGUGCGACUGGUGGGAGGCCGCCACCGCUGCGAAGGACGUGUGGAGGUGGAACAGGAAGGUGGCUGGGGUGCCGUGUGUGAUGAUGGCUGGGACAUGACAGAUGUGGCCGUGGUAUGCCGAGAGCGGGGCUGUGGAGAAGCCAAGGGGACACCCAGUGGUAUUCUAUAUAAACCAUCAACAGAAGAAGAGCAAAAAAUCCUCAUCCAAGAUGUCAAUUGCAAUGGCAUGGAAGAUAAACUGUCUCAAUGUGACUAUCAAGAUGUAUUUGCUUGCUCAUACAAUGAGUCUGCAGGAGCGUUGUGUGAGAAACCUUCAUUCGGAGUGCGACUGGUAGGAGGUCGCCACCGCUGCGAAGGGCUGGUGGAGGUGGAACAGAAAGGUGGCUGGGGUGCCGUGUGUGAUGAUGGCUGGGACAUGAAAGAUGUGGCCGUGGUAUGCCGAGAGCUGGGCUGUGGAGAAGCCAAGGGGACAACCAGUGAUCUCCAGCCGAUGUUCCAUUUCUUUGCAGAACCUUCAUUCGGAGUGCGACUGGUGGGAGGCCGCCACCGCUGCGAAGGGCGUGUGGAGGUGGAACAGGAAGGUGGCUGGGGUGCCGUGUGUGAUGAUGGCUGGGACAUGAAAGAUGUGGCCGUGGUAUGCCGAGAGCUGGGCUGUGGAGAAGCCAAGGGGACACCCAGUGGUAUUCUAUAUAAACCAUCAACAGAAGAAGAGCAAAAAAUCCUCAUCCAAGAUGUCAAUUGCAAUGGCAUGGAAGAUAAACUGUCUCAAUGUGAGCAUGAAGAUGUUUUUGCUUGCUCAUACAAUGAGUCUGCAGGAGCGUCGUGUGAGAGUGAGUAUGGCAGGGCUGAAGGGCGAUCUGCCAACUGUUCAUACCCCACAUGA